UUUAGUGUCUGUAGAUUUUUGUAUUUUCUACAUUUUUAUUUUGGGACAUUAUUAUUUGACUGACUGAUAAAUGAUAGUAUUUAAAAAUGGUGUUACCUACUUUGGAGAAAAAGUAACAAAAGGAAAUUUGUCAACGCCAGUUGACAAAUUCACCCAUUAGCCAGCUAGCACACAGAUGUAGGAGUGUUGGUGUUAUCUUAAUGCAGCUGUUGAAUAUCAAUAUAUGAUAUAUAAACACGCACACACACACUCAAAUUAUUACAAGGAAAGACCCACCAAUUCAUGGGUGAAGCAACAACAUUUACAUCAACUACCAACCCUGACUGUAUUCUCUCCAGAGCUUUAUACUAUGAUGUCAAUAUGGAAAGGAAAGAAGGAAAUUCUAUUUUAGAGCAACUUUUUUUACAUUUAAAUAUCAUGGGGUUUUUGAUUACAUAAUCUGUCUGAAAGAAAAAAUAAGCACUUUGAAGAAGGUGGUGUGCUCUGACAACUGACAACCCUGUUUUGGCUGAGCUUUGUCUUUACUAUUGCCUGCACAUUAAACAGACAGAUGGAAGGAGAAACAGUGAACAGAAGAAACAAAACGAUAAUCCAGAAAGAGAAAUUUACAACAGUAACUCAAUUGAGUUUACUCCUCUCACAACUCAGCCCAUAAGAAAAGGAUAGUGGAGAAGAUUCCAGGAAAUGGUUGUAAGACAACAAAAUAGGAAAAACGCCAUGGGAGGACAAUACUUUUGCAAAGAACUGUAUGACAAUUGCUGUCAUUAGCAUGAAAAAGUGUACACAGGAAAUCAAUCACCACACAUCCAUGGAAAGCAAGCCCAAAAGAUGGAUGAUUCAGCCCCUGUCCCAGAGGCUGGAACCCACAGACGCAUGCCCCAUGCGCAGUUGCACUGCUAAUGACCUCCUCAGACGAGACCAAAGCUGUAGUUACAGCGAGAGCAGCAACUCCACUACUUUCAGCUAUGAUAUCCUCUCCUUCACCUGCACCCAGUUCUUAGAUAUUGUUUCGUCUCAGAGGAAGGAAGUGCCGCGUGAUGCAAUGGUUCAGGCUAAACAGGAGGCAGUAUUAGAUGAAGUGGACAAUGCAAAUAAUGAUUGGCAUCCAAGCAGUCCCAGUAGCCAUGGAAGUCCUAACAGCAACAAAGGUUCCCACUAUGGCUUCUACUCAUUUGUGGAAGACCCUUCCAGCCCAGAGGCAGAGCUGAACAAAACCUGGAUGGUUUCUCAGGAGCGAAAAACUAAGUUGGUCACCCUGAAGAACGUAGACAGUUUUAAACUGCAGACCUACUCCAGUGGCAGGAAGCCACAGAGUCUGUUUGAUGAAAACAAUGGAGAUUCCCGUUACCAAGUGAAUGAUAAUGGUGUCCAAAAUGUGAACAAGCAUGAUGAGAAGCAGCUCAGACAGCAAAUAAUAUAUACCCAAGCCCCUAAGCAGAACUUCACAUUCAAGGAGCAGUGGAGUGUGCUGGAUAAUCUGAAUCUCAGCAACUCCCCCAACGGAAUAACAGAAGACAGCAAUCGUAAUUCUUUAUUACAGCAUUUGUUGGUUGACUCAAGAGGUGGUGAUACAGGUGAUGAAAGUCUAUACAGUGACAACCUUCAGUUAAAAGGCAGGGAUACACAAUCGACAAGUGGUCACACUGAGACACCAAUUCAGCGGGAGAUUUUCAUCACUCAGGAAAGAGAAUGGUGUUCACAAGGCAUCAAACACAAUGCUGUUAAUGUAAAGGUGGCAGAGAUCAAGACAAAAUCUUCACAGCCCAAACCACUCUUCACAUCUGUCAAAAAGGCGAAACCAAAGAACAAAUUACAUUUUCUUAUCCAGCAGGAAAUUAAGAAGAGUGAUUGGGAAGAGGAUCUGCUGAACCAGGAAAAUGAUUUGGACUUGUAUGACCAUGGGGCAUCCCAGGAUCUAGAGGAGAAAAAGAGGAUCUUUGAACAAGUACAACAUUUUGACACAGCAGAGGAGAAAAAUCUUUCAAUUUACCACACAACGAAAGAACAUUUUUGGGUUAAGGUCAGACAAAGGAGCGGCAGCUCAGAUACUAGAAAUGUUUUUAAUCCGGAAGAGACAGAGUUUUACACACAUAAGAGUUCCACACCAGACAAACAGGAAGAACCUAUUCACCAUGAAAGUCCUUCAUUUCUAGUAGAGCAGACAAACAAGAUGACAGUCAGUAAAUAUUACUCCCCAACCAUUUUAGUGUCAAAAUUCGAUAAAACCAAGAGCUUUUACCCCUGCAAUCAUCCAACUGCCCGACCAUCCUGCUUUUGUAUUGUGACUGCCCAACCAUGGAGCUCCCAACAUCCUUCUUUGCCUGUGGUGAGCAGGGUUCUUCCUCUGAUGUCUACAAGUGAGGGGUAUGCUGGAAUUCAGCCCAUCGAUGAUGUGAACAAUGAGGUAAGCGAAAGUUCCUCUCUCCCUUGGAAUCCAGCCAUGGAAGAUCUUGAAGAAAUCAAGAAAUCGUUGGAUUUUCUUUCUGGGGAAACCUCGGCUAUCCGACUCCAGCAGAAGUCCAUUUUGGACUUGGUAGAAGAGGUGAAGGCUUUGCGGCUUCUUAACGAGGAAAAGGAUAAACGGAUCGCUGUACUGGAGAACCGAGUGGCAGAUCUGGAACAAUAUACCAGGAUGAACGAUGUUAUCACCGGAUUGCGAGUCAAGCCCCGUUCUUUUGCCAGCGCGGUGGCAGGGCCCGGUCCGACUGGUGAGCCAUCGCCUGGCAUGACUGACUCCACGGAGGAACAGGUGGCCUCUUUCCUCUUGUCCAAGGGGAUAAGGCUGGACUGUGACACUGUGGAAGCAUGCCACCCGCUCCCGAGAAGAAGUAAUAAUGACAAACCAGUCAUUAUUAUGCGAUUUAGUAACCGGCGACAAAUAAUCUGCUCUCCUAAAACAGGGCAGGUUGUUUAAAGGGUCAGAUGUCUUCAUUAACGAGCACCUGACUAAAAAGAACGCUGACAUUGCGAGGAAGGCCCGGUUCCUGAGGAAGCAGAAGAAGAUCCAGUCAACGUGGACCACGAAUUGUAAGGUCUUCAUUAAGCUAAAUGGAACACCGGAGGAGGCGAAGGUUCUAGUUGUUCGGGACAUCACGGAGUUGGACAAAUACGAUUGAAUUCUUUGACGAACAUCUGGAUCACAGUGGUAUCACGCACGACUCAUUGUCACCAUGUCACAAGUUACAGGUAAUAUUUCUUCAUCUUUCAUGGACACAACACUAACACCUACGAUUGUUGGUGCUGAUAAACGGGAACUGGAAACAUUUAGCUAUACGGACUAUAAAUGUCAGGACAUGGAAGAGGAUAUAGACCCAGAAAAUAACUUCUUCAAUUACAUUGUUGAUAACUGCUGCUACUAUACAACGGAUCAAUAAAACAGGACAGUUAAAGUAGACAAUAAGCUCUCAAUCAUACACUUCAACAGCAGAAGUUUAUAUGCAAACUUUAAUAGUAUCAAAGACUGUCUGAGUCAGUUUAAACAACCAUUUAGCAUUAUUGCCAUUUCUGAAACCUGGAUUAGCUCUGAGAAGGGGGCUGACUUUGACCUGGAGGGUUAUGAGUUCAAUUGUAUGAACAGAGAGGGGAAAACCGGUGGAGGAGUAGCUGUGUAUGUGGACAGAAACCUGAAGUAUAAAAUAGUAGAAAACAUGACCAGAGUGACUAAAGAUGUAUUUGAGUGUAUAUCAGUGGAAACAUAAAUGGAAACAACUAAAAUCAUUAUUGUUAGUUGUAUAUACAGAGCUCCGGGUUCUAAUAUGGACAUAUUUAGAGAAUGGUUUGGGCAAACAUAUACAGUUACAUCUCAGAAGGUCUUUUUCAUCUGUGGUGACUUUAAUAUAGAUCUACUUAACUCAAACAAUCAUAAACCAACUGAAGAGUUCAUUAGUACCAUGUACAGUUUGAGCCUUUUUCCCAGAAUCACUAGACCCAGCAAGAUCACACUUAACAGUGCCACAUUAAUAGAUAAUAUAUUUACUAAUAUAUUAGAUACCAAUACAAUAAGUGUAUUAAUAACUCAGCAUAUUAGUGACCAUCUACCAGACUUUGUAGUUUUCAAUUUUUAUAUGAAAAAAAGGAGAAAAUUAAGCAGCGGUUUAAAAGAGUAAGAACGGAAGAAUCAAUAAAAUCAUUCAAAGAUGAACUAUUGAAACAUAAUUGGGAGUCAGUGGUGCAGGAAGAGGAUAUUGACAAAGCAUAUGAACAUUUUCUAAAUAUCUUUAAAUUAUUAUAUGACAAAAACUGUCCGUUAUAAAAAAUGUUCUCUGGAAAUACCAAAUACUCAGAAGCUCCAUGGAUCACGAAGGGAUUGCAAAAUGCCUGUAAAAAAAAGAACAAACUAUAUAAAGAUGUCAUAAAGCAUAGAUCAUUGGAUGUAGAGAAUAAAUUAACUGCUAGUUCACGAAUAGUUAAGCAGGAGUACUACAGUCAAUUAUUAGAUAGAAAUAAGAAAAAUAUGAAAGGGAUUUGGAAAGUCCGUCCGUCCGUCAUCUGCCACUUGUCCGGGGAUCGGGUCGCGGGGGCAGCGACCUAAGCAGGGAGGCCCAGA